CCAUGGGCGCUCUGCGGCGGGCGGCGCUGGCGCUGGCGGCGCUGCUGGGUGUCUCCUCAGCCGUGCUGGAGGUGCACGUGGGGACGGACUCGGUGUUCGCCGUGGAGGGGCAGCAGGCAGUGCUGCCCGUCUGGUACACCAGCCACUCCCAGGAGAAACCCUACAUCCUCUGGCUGCUGCACAAGGGGAAUGCCGGCCCCUUCCAGAUCCUGAAGUACCUGGACGGCACGGUGAAGGUGGGGGAGACGGACCUGAAGUCCCGCGUGGGGUUCCUGUACCCAGUCCUCACCCACAACAUCUCAUUGGUCAUCAACGCCACCCGCGAGCGCGACUCGGGGCAGUACAUGUGCACCGUCAACGUGGUGGAUGACGGUGCCCCCGAGGGCAGGGAUGUCGGCGUCAUCAACCUCACCGUCCUGGUGCCGCCGGCCGUCCCCGCCUGCCAACUGCACGGCACCCCCACCGUGGGCGCCAACGUGACCCUGAGCUGCUCCUCCAAGAAGGGGAAACCCUCGCCCACGUACCAGUGGGAGCGCACGGACCCCACCCCGCAGGUCUUCUUCCCCCCGGCCCAGGACCUGGCCAGGGGUACCCUCAGGCUGACCAACCUCUCCCUGGAAAUGUCGGGUCUCUACGUCUGCACAGCCGAAAACCGAGCGGGUUUUGAGAAGUGCAGCAUCGUCCUGGAGGUGCAGUCAACGAGCACUAAAGCAGUCAUCGCCGGCGCCGUGCUGGGCUCCCUGGGCGCCCUCGCCACCAUCAUCUUCUUUGCCCAGCGGGUUGUUGGCUACAGGAGGAAGAAACGUGACAGCCAGGAGGAGGGAGCCAACGAGAUCAAGGAGGACGCUGUGGCGCCCAAAACCCCGUCGUGGGCGAGGAGACCGGCUUCGGACACCAUCUCCAAAACCAGCACCCUGUCCUCCAUCGCCGGCCCCCGGGACAAACUCUACGCGGCCAGACCCCCCUCUGACACCGCCUCCAUCCUCACUGCCACCGGCAGCUACCGGGGAGCCCCGCCCCGGGGAGGGGGCCGCCCCCCCAACCUGCCUCCCCCCGCCGUUAACGGGACCCCCCGGCGCCACCAGGACCCGGCCGCCCCCCCGGGAGCGUUGCCCCCCUCCAGCCUGGCCCGGGCGGGCGCCGUCCCGGUCAUGGUGCCGGCGCAGAGCCGAGCCGGCUCCUUGGUGUGAGCACCUCCCCUCAAACACCAGGGGUGCCCAGAGCCAGCACACACACACACACCCCUCAACCCCACCCCACCCCCGUUUUCUGGGGUGGUUUUGUCCCUUUUUGGGUUCCUUUUCUUUUUAACACAUGCCUCGAGCAGCUGGACUCGUCGUGGGGAUGUUUAAUGGGUGCAGGGGCCCCCUGGGUUUGGGGGGGCUGAGUCUCCCCGUAAAUAUCACCCCCCAAACCAGCCCCGGUCCUGCCCCGGCGAGGGGGGUGUGGGGCUUCUUAUUUUUUUUAUAUAUCUAUAUAUCAGUGGAAAGGAGGAUUUUUCAUAAAAGACCAUUAAAAGUGGGGGGCGGGAGGCAAUGGGCGGGCAGGGGACGCACUUUUUUUAGGAGUUUUCUGAUUAAAAGCUGCUGUGCUGCCCAGCACCGGCGCUUUAGGUGAGUUUGUGGGGAUUUCGGGGUUGGGGGGGUCCCACAGCCUUCUGGGUGAGGUCACAGGGCGGGGUGACGUCACAGCACCAGCCAAGGUUCUUGGGAUGAGGUGACACUGUGGUGCACGUGUGUUUCACACCCUGUGACCUGUCACCACGAUGUCACCACGAGUGUGUGACAUCACAGCUUCCAACUCCUGCCUGUUUGAUGCCAUACAGGCAUGUCACACGUCCAUGAGUGAUGUCGUGCAGGCCUGCAUGAUGUCACACCCAGCAUCAGACAGCCAGUGGUGACAUGACACAUGCCUGUACGGUGUCACACAUCCCACAGUGACAUCACACACAUUUCUAUGGUGUCACACAUCCCACAGUGACAUCACACACAUUUCUAUGGUGUCACACAUCCAGCAGUGAUGUCACACACCCCUGGAUUUUGUCACACAUCCCACAGUGACAUCACAUACACCUCUAUGGUGUCACACAUCCAGCAGUGACAUCACACACCCUUGUAUGGUGUCACACAUCCCACAGUGGCAUCACACACACCUCUGUGGUGUCACACAUCCAGCAGUGACAUCAGAGACCUCUGUGGUGUCACACAUCCAGCAGUGACAUCAGAGACCCUUCUAUGGUGUCACACAUCCCACAGUGACAUCACACAGACCUCUAUGGUGUCACACAUCCAGCAGUGACAUCACACACACCUCUGUGGUGUCACACAUCCCACAGUGACAUCAGAGACCCUUCUAUGGUGUCACACAUCCAGCAGUGACAUCACACACCCCCCUAUAGUG